GACCUCAGUUCGCAGCUAGGCUUCGUAUUGAUGCUCGUCAACGAGUCUACAGACGUCGACAAUACGUUCUCAAUCCGCGGCAACGUAAUACACUAUAGCUCGACGAAGUGUAAGCGCGUUACACGGAGCGUGCUCGCCUCCGAGAUCUAUGGCAUGGUCAACGGCUUCGACAUCGCCAUCGCCAUCGCAACCACCUUGAGGAUGAUCACAGAACGCCUCGGAAUACCUGUUAUUCCCUUAGUUAUCUGCACCGAUUCGUACUCCCUGUACGAAUGUCUUGUGAAGCUCGGGACGACAAAGGAAAAGCGCCUUAUGAUCGAUAUCAUGGCGCUACGCCAGUCAUACGAGCGUCGCGAGAUCACUGAGAUUCGUUGGAUCAAUGGCGAAGACAACCCUGCAGACUCCUUCACCAAGACAUCACCAAAUCGCGCCCUUGAACGAUUCGUCGACAGGAAUGAGUCGACAGUCCGAGUCGAGGGCUGGGUACAGAGGCCAACAGGCUCUGAUGUUUGA